UCAGUGAGUGGAUGGCGUGGGCUUCUCUCCUCCGAAGCGCGCAUCAUCAUCAUCAUCAUCAUCGCUCGGUUCCUCCUGUACGCAUCCUCCUCCUCUUCCUCCUCCAUCCUCUCCAUCUCCGCGCUGAAGAGGAGCGCUGUCGGGCUUUAAGGCACAAGAAGAGCCUGUUGUCAGUCAACACUCCAACUGGAGUACAUCCUGACCAGCCUGAAGCCCCAACACAUUCAAGGGGCCUCUCAGCUUGACCUUUGACCUCACUUCUUCUGAAUCUUCUCAAAAAUGGAGGACGGCUACCAAAACCGGACUGCCUUCAUGAAAGGUGCCAAAGACAUUGCCAAAGAAGUCAAGCGGCAAGCUGCUAAGAAGGUGGGCCGCUCCGUGGAUCGGGUGAACGACGAGUACAGCCGGCGAUCCUACAGCCGCUUUGAGGAAGACGAAGAUGAUGACUACCCCAUGCAGGGGAGCCAGGAUGGAGGCUACUACCGCAGCGAUAGCCAGGCAGCCAACGAUGAUGAGGGCGGCCACAGCGACUCCACRGAGGGUCAUGACGAGGACGACGAGAUCUACGAGGGCGAGUACCAAGGGAUACCCAGAGCUGAUUCAGGGAAGGGAAGCCUGGGGGGAGGUCCGGGAUCCAUGGCAGCCGGAGCCCAGGAGUUCAGAGAUAUCGGGGUGUCGGAGGCCCAGAGGAGGAAGGACCAGGAGGAGCUGGCUCAGCAGUAUGAGACCAUUUUACAAGAAUGUGGUCAUGGCAAGUUCCAGUGGUCCUUGUACUUUGUGCUGGGCCUGGCUCUCAUGGCAGACGGCGUAGAAAUCUUUGUGGUGGGGUUUGUCCUUCCCAGUGCAGAGAAGGACAUGUGUCUGUCUGAGCCCAACAAAAGCAUGCUUGGGCUCAUUGUAUAUUUUGGGAUGAUGGUCGGAGCUUUCCUCUGGGGGGCUCUGGCGGACCGGAUAGGCCGUCGACAGUCUCUUCUCAUCUCUCUCUCCAUCAACAGCGUCUUCUCCUUCUUCUCAUCCUUCGUUCAGGGUUACAGCACCUUUCUGUUUUGCCGUCUCCUCUCGGGUGUUGGAAUCGGUGGUUCAAUCCCCAUCGUCUUUUCCUACUACUCUGAGUUUCUGGCCCAAGAGAAACGUGGCGAGCACCUCAGCUGGCUCUGCAUGUUCUGGAUGAUUGGGGGAAUCUACGCUUCAGCUAUGGCCUGGGCUAUCAUCCCACACUAUGGCUGGAGUUUCCAGAUGGGCUCAGCGUAUCAGUUCCACAGCUGGCGUGUGUUUGUGUUGGUGUGUGCGUUUCCGUCUGUCGCGGCCAUCGCUGCUCUCAACGCCAUGCCCGAGAGCCCGCGAUUCUACUUAGAGAACGGCAAGCACGACGAGGGCUGGAUGAUUUUGAAGCAAGUCCACGACACAAACAUGAGAGCUAAAGGACACCCAGAGAGGGUGUUUACUGUCACCACAAUUAAGACGGUGAAGCAGAUUGAUGAGUUGGUGGACAUUGGUGCUGAAACCCCAGUCUGGCAGCGCUACAGACUGAAAAUUAUGAGCCUUUCUCAGCAGAUCCGGAACAACAUCCUCGCCUGCUUCAGCCCCGAGUAUAAACGGACAACCUUCAUGCUCAUGGCUGUUUGGUUCAGUAUGUCUUUCAGCUACUACGGCCUGACGGUGUGGUUCCCUGACAUGAUCAAGUACAUCCAGAAGCAGGAGUACGAGUCCCGUACCAAGACCUUCACUAAGGAGCGAGUGGAGCACGUCACAUUUAACUUCACCCUGGAAAACCAAGUUCAUCGUGAAGGACAUUAUUUCAACGACAAGUUCCUGAAUCUGAAGAUGAAGUCRAUGGUGUUUGAAGACUCGGUGUUUGAGGAGUGCUACUUUGAGGACAUCACCUCCACGCACACGUUCUUCAGGAACUGCACUUUCAUCGCCAGUUUGUUUUACAACACAGAUUUAUUCAAAUACAGGUUUGUCAACUGUAAACUGAUCAACAGCACCUUCCUCCACAACAAGGAGGGCUGCAUGCUGGAUUUCAGCGACGACUUCAACAACGCCUACAUGAUAUACUUCGUCAACUUCCUGGGUACACUGGCUGUGCUGCCGGGGAACAUUGUGUCAGCUCUGUUGAUGGAUAAAAUCGGCCGUUUAAGGAUGCUGGCCGGGUCGAGCGUCAUAUCCUGCGUCAGCUGCUUCUUCCUCAUGUUUGGGAACAGCGAGUCGGGGAUGAUCGCCCUCUUGUGUCUGUUUGGUGGCAUCAGCAUCGCCUCGUGGAACGCCCUGGAUGUGAUCACGGUGGAGCUCUACCCUUCAGAUAAAAGGACCACGGCGUUCGGCUUCCUGAAUGCCCUCUGUAAAGUGGCAGCCGUGUUGGGYAUCAGCAUCUUCCAGUCGUUCGUCGGCAUCACCAAGGCCGUACCCAUCCUGUUCGCUGCCGGCGCGCUCGCCGCCGGCAGCUUCCUCGCGACAAAGCUGCCCGAGACGAGAGGCCAAGUGCUGCAGUAAGACGGGGCGUCCAACGGAGCGCAGCUGGAGAUGAACGUGUUUGAGAAGCCCGAACAUCCCCGAGAGCUUCAGCGCUGCCCGUCCGUUUCACAGCAACAGCAGAGACUGCCUUUCCCGCCCCCUAAUGUAAGCCCAGAAUCCUUUGAAAUGUGGAUCACACCAUUCAGUGUCCUUACAGGCGCACAGAGCUCAUCAACGAAGAGCAAACACAUGUAGAUCACCUGUAACAUCACAACACCUCGGGCUUCAUUUCAGCUGCCCUGUGAGGUGUGGUAAACAUCUACUCCUGCAGRUAUUUGUACCACGGGGUGAUGUGGCGUAUAAUAGAAAAAAGACACAUUUACGGUAAUGGAACUGGUAAAGMCCAUUGGUUAAUCGAGACUGAGGCUGAAUAAAAAGCUUGUAUUUGAUGUUUGCAGAUAGGAUCUCAGUGUUCAUUCUUGUGUCUUUAGGCUUACAGUGCCACUGUUCAGUUCACCGUGACAUUAAAACUACAGUUCAGUCCCCAUUCACACUUAACCCUGAAAUACGUUUACCCCAAAGUGUUUUUCUCUGUAAGGUCUGAUGUUUUUUUCUGAAAAGGCUCAUUAAUUCUCAACUACGACCCGUUACUGAAGCCAGUCAUUAAAAACGCAGAGUAAACAGUAUUAAAACCUGCMAGUAGAGCUGGUUUUAUUCAAACAUCAAUACUUAAAUAUACUUAUUAUUUACCGCCUCAGAACUCCAACAGGUGAAGAUGCAUUUCACAGGAUUCUCUGUCGUAAAUGGGACUUACUGGAUCCAGUUCCUCAUUGUUGAACCACUGUUUACCCUCCCUACUGUGUGAGUUUAUUGAUGUUAGUGAGGGAAACAGGAAUGUCUGUGGGACAGACUUUUGUCAGCUAUAGUGUGAUGUUGUAUAUAUUGUUUGUGUGUGUGGUACAUGAGUUUUGUGAUGGAUAAAUUGUUUAAAUGACUGUUUCUGUACAAAGAUGUGUGUGACUGCCUGUGCGUGUGUAUGUGAGUGUCUGCAGUGUUCUGUUUUUUCACCCAGCAUUUUUUUGUGGUGAGUGCAGCCGGACGUACAAAAAAACGUUUGAGAUCAAUUUGAUCAAGUAGCAGUUUUUUUAAAUUAAUUAUUAUUAUUUUUUAAACACUGGUCAUUUUGUAAACUCACAUCAAACUCAACUCCAGGCUCAAAUCCCAAAGAGGAAAACAAAACAUCACACUCACAAUGAAAGUCGGCAGUUUUCCUAAAAAAAAAAAAAAAAAAGUGUCAUGCCCCUA